CACCACUUGUUGCUUCGUAAAGCCACUUAGCAAAAGCCACUCGACAGCCAUGAUUUUCUGCACGAACYGAAMGUUUUAAGUUCUUGUGGUUACAAGAGAGUCCGAAGUACCAUGGGAAUGCUCAUUUUUGCUGUAAAUAUUCUUCUUGGUAUACCUCUGUCUGUUUUCUCCAUAUUAUGUUUGUAUUUACUGUAUCUACAUUCAAAGUAUGACCACCUACCUGGACCAGAAAGAGAUGGCUUCUUUACUGGUCAUCUGCCAAUGGUACGCAGACGGCGUGAACAGGAMAAAGUCAUCAUCCACCAGAUUUGGGCAGACCUUGCAGUUCAAUACAGUCCUUUGUAUGUCUUCUGGUUUCUUCACAGGCCAGUUGUAAUGAUUUCUGAUGCUGAUCUUGUCAAAGAAGUUCUCAUUAAACAGGAUUUACGAAAGGAUCCUUUUGGAUACAAUCACUUUGCCUAUCUGUUUGGACAAAGGCUUCUUGGAGGCAGUUUGCUGUCAGAAGUUGAUCACCAAUCAUGGAAAACAAAAAGAGCAUGUCUAAAYCCUGCUUUUCAUCAUAAAUACUUGGGUAACUUGAUUGGUCAGUUUAACCAGAGCUGUGAUUUGUUUUUGGAUAAACUUGCGAAGGCUGCAGAUGGAGAAACUGAAAUAUCAAUGGCAGAUGAACUUGUCAGGUUGGCGCUAGAUGUUAUUGGAAAGGUUGCUUAUGAUCUUGAUGUGGACUCUAUUAAUGCACCUGAUGCACCUAUUCCAUCAAACACYAGAAUAGCACUAGAAGGUCUUGUCCAGAGCUUCCGCAAGCCUUUCAUUCGAUUCCAGCCAUCAACCUACUCCUACCAGGAAAAGUGUAUUGAAUCAGUCAAGUUUCUCCGGACAGCUUCCAGGGGAAUCAUUGAAGCAAGAAUAGAAGCCAUGGAGAAAGGAGAKGACKCUCAUUCUGACAUUCUGACAUAUAUCAUCAAAAUUGCACAAGAAAAUCCRGAGACAACAAUUGAAGAUUUAGUGGAUCACUUCAUGACAUUUAUUGUUGGAGGUCAAGAAACCACCUCUAAUCACAUGGCCUUUACUCUUCUUGGAAUACUCCUUCAUCCUGAAGUUGAGCAGAGAGUUGCUGCUGAAGUUGAUGAAGUUCUGGGAUCACGAAGAUAUGUGACUACCGAAGACCUAUCAAAACUGACUUAUCUGGACCAAGCAAUAAAGGAAGCUCUCCGUCUCCAUCCUCCUCAACCAGCCAUUAACAGGAUCACCAAGGAAGAAACAACACUUGGCAAUUAYGUCAUCCCAGCUGGUACUAGUAUUAUGUGUGAUGCCCAUGUUCUUCAUCACAACCCCAAGUACUGGGAUGAUCCUGAGAAAUUUGACCCUGAGAGAUUUAAUGCUGAAAACAAAUCAAAGAUUGAACACUACGCAUAUUUCCCAUUUUCACUUGGCCCCCACAACUGUAUUGGCAUGUCAUUUGCUCAAGUGGAGACUAAAUUAGUUCUGGCGCGAACCCUGCAAACAUUCAAGAUGACGUUGACRCCAGGCCAAAAGCUCAAGGCAGUCGAACAGAUGACAGUACGACCCAAAGAUGGUGUGCGUGUUACCUUGAAGAUGCGUUAAAGUACAUCGUGGUGGUAGGAAUACUGUACAAUAAUAGCAAACCAGUUAUUACCAAACGUAAUUACACAAUUAACAACUGGACCUUUUCAAUGCUAAGUGGACAGAUUAACAUGAAUGGAAAUGAAUGUAAUGUUUUUAAUUAUGACGAUGCUAAAUAGUUUUCUGACUGGCGGUAUACACUAAAACUAACAUUAUACAUACAAUAAUGACAGAAUUUGAAAUAAAUAAAGAGAUUUUUGUAAGCAAUUUA